AUGAAAGUUGGCCUGGUUCACUUCAGCCAUAUUGGGACGUGUGAAGUGUUUCCCCACCUGGCGCGAGCUCGGAAAGGCGUGGACACAUUCGGUCUGGCCGGAAACGGUGAUGGGUUGGCUAACAGGAAGUGGAGCCCACGCUCCAGAGGAAGCAACGAGGAUGACCACAACGUUGGUCUUCCUUUGGGGAGGUCACAGCCCCUCGCCAGGCUCCCUGACUUCCCCGAGACCUCCUCCCAGCCUCCACGCUCCCCCCCUCGACAUCCGAGAGACUCCGCUCGACUCGGUUCGUCCCGCUCCGAACCCGGAGACCGAGCGGAUUACGCCGGGAAAGGACGUCCCUCUCCUCUCUUCUUUUUGGAACUUUUAGGAGCUCUUGGAUAUGCGCUGCCGCUUGCUUUAGGAGCUUUUGCCAUGGAUCACACGCUUUUCGGCUGCUUGCGGAGCCCCCACGCCCCGGCUCAGGGUCUGCACCCGGCCGCCUUCGCCCCGUCCCCGCUCACCCUACACGGACGCUCGGACCACGUCUCCUACCCCGACCUGGCCUCAUCGUCGUCCUCGUCCUCCACGUCCUCGCCGUCCACUUGCAUCAUCUCCAGCUACGCCCCCGACGACGGGCUGUACCACCCCCACCAUCACCCGCCGCAGCAACACCCGCACCACCACCACCACCACCGCGGCCACCACCCGGCCCCGCAGAGUCAGCACCACACGGCCGCCGCCUGGCACAUCCCGCACAUGUCACCCGGGGGAGCGAGGGCCAACCUCUGCCACCCGCACUCCCACCUGUCCCACGACGGGGGUCCCGCCGCCCAGGACUUGGCCCACGCCGGGGGGCCGGCGAUGGGCGCCACCACGCCCGGCCUGGGCGGCAGCAGCACCCCCACUGGGGCCGCCUCGGAGUUUGGCAGGCCCACGCUGUCGCCUGCAGAGGCAGAGAAGAGGAACGGAAAGAGGAAAAGUGACAGUUCAGAGUCGCAGGAUGGCAGUCUGAAGUGCGAGCUGAGCGGCAAACCGCGCAAGGAGAGGACGGCCUUCACCAAGGAGCAAAUCCGAGAGCUGGAGGCCGAGUUCGCCCACCACAACUACCUGACCCGACUACGCCGAUACGAGAUCGCCGUCAACCUCGACCUCACCGAGAGACAAGUGAAGGUAUGGUUCCAGAACCGGCGGAUGAAGUGGAAACGCGUGAAGGGCGGCCAGCAGGGGGCGGCGGCACGGGAGAAAGAACUGGUCAACGUGAAAAAGGGAACGCUACUACCUUCCGAUUUUUCCGGCAUGGCGACGUUACGCCACUCCUCGGACUCGUUGGCCAACGACGACAGUCACGACAGUGACCAGAGCGAUGAACACGUUCUGUUAUGAUUAAAGCCACAUCAUUAAAUGAUGAUAAACAACGAGUGCAGUGAACCCCCGUUUAUUGAUAUGUUCCAGAUCCACCUGAAAUAGGAAAAAAUCCACAAUAUAGUGAAACCGUACAAAGUAAAAAAAAAUUCUUCUAGUAUUCCUUAGCUCCCAUUCUCACUCGCAGUUCUUUUAGGAAGACUCUGCUUGCACAGUUCUCCAAAUAAAAGAUGUGCUUACUCUAACCUGUUUAUUCAUAUUAGCAUAGCUGUUCCAGUAAGCAUUAAAACACACAGAAGUAGCACAUACAAACAAAAAAUUGAAUAAAAGAUGAUCAAACAUUGUAUCUUCAAAUGCAAACGUUCAACAAAAACACAUGGAACAAGUUGGCUAGCUUCCUGCUAAAACAUAAUGCGAAUUGCCAUUGAUGAGCUAUCGUUCAUUAGCAUAGCUGGUAAAUAUAAAGUUUCAAACUACUUUAUACAAAAAUACAUGCAGUUCAAACGAAUAAUGGGAAAUAAUAAGCAACUCAAAAUUUAGUUUUGCCUGUAAAUUAGCAAGCAUGGGAACGAUAAAGCGCAAUCUUGCGGGGGUUCACUGUAUUCCGAAAUAUUGAAAUGUGAUCGUUUGGCUACACUGAUAUAAACAUUCCAUGUUUGAUUUGCACUGUUGGACUUGGCCGCCGUCAGAUUUGUGAAACGUUAACCCGUCGACAUCCUUUUUGGAAUUAGUCCCUCUUACGGCUCAUUUAUGUUCCGUGUUGGGUGAGAACGAAGACUACUCGUUGGAAGCUUACAGAUAUCUUGCAGUACCAUCUGAAAGCCACAAGGGGCAGUGAUGAGAUUCCAAGCAAGGCAUGUCCAGGUAUGGCAGAUACCGUUGAAAAAAAAACGCCAUGAAGCUCCCUCCCAUUAUGCAUUCUUUUUUUUGUAUUUCGGAAAAAUGAGUAAAUUCAUUCCAUUUUUUGUAGUAGCGUAAAUCAGUCCCUCCUAGAUUUCACACACUUCAACUUUUGGCAACUCUGCAGAUGACUUAAAUAUUGUUAUAAUGCAAAUGUUUUGAAAAAAAACCCCAGUAUGAAUCUUUUAAUAUUACUACAAUAUUGUAAAAAAUAAAACUAUUCUCGUAAAUUCUAUUUACAAUUGUUGUUUUCAAAAAUGUGUUUGGAAAAAUAAUGCAAACUUUGAAAUUUUCCUCUAAAAUAUUUUGACAUUUCCCUAAAAAAUCCACAAACUUUUAUUGUAAAGAACCUUUUUACCAUAACAAAAUCUCACUUUCCAGUUUUUACUUCCUUUUUGCUGUCUUAUCCCCUCCUUGACGUCUGCAUUUGUAACCAAGCAAAUAAGAAUUUGAUUAAAAUGAAGACGAAUCGGUGUGAAAUCCGAAAGGGACUGAUAACCGAACCAUCUCGAGUCUGCUGACUGCAGCGUGUGAUUCAUUGUCAAAGCUUGCCAUCUGCAAAAGUUGCUUUUCUCUCCAAGAGGUCAUUCGGUUGAGUUUUUUUGCUUCCCGUUUAGGUUGUUUUUAACGCAAAACCUCAAAACGCUAACAUGGCGGCCUGUGUAAUUUGUCACCUGUCUGUACAUUUUUUGGAAGGACUUAAAACUGCCAAGCAAAGGACGUAUCGGUGAUGAUCAGUGAUGUGUAAAUAAAUAAGCUGCAUUCUUAUACGUUUGUAUCCGCAGUCGUCGGGUUGUGCCGCAAUAAACACUGACCGACUUCA